CUGCAGGAAGUGGUCCAGAUGUUGGUUUGAGUGCCUCAGACUUUGUAAACACUCCCUACCACCAAAACCUGCUUGCCGACAUGGUCCAGUCACACUUUGUCAAAGACUUCUGUGUCAUAGGUGCUAAGGGAUGUGGAAAGAGUGUUGUUGUGAGAAGAUUUGCAGAUAUGCUGGGUUAUGAAGUGGAACCUAUAAUGCUCUACCAGGACAUGACAGCGCGUGACUUGUUACAACAGAGAAUAACCCUCCCUAACGGUGACACAGCCUGGAGACCCUCCCCACUGGUCACAGCAGCCCUGGAGGGGGGAAUAGCACUACUGGACGGGAUCCAUAGGGUCAACCCUGGCACUCUGGCUAUCUUACAGAGGCUUGUCCACGACCGUGAGUUGACUCUUCAUGACGGCACCAGACUUCUCAGACAAGACAGAUAUGAAGCAGUGAAGACAGAACACCAGAUAACUGAUGAAGAAAUGGCAACAAGAAUGAUUUUCCCCAUCCAUCCGUCCUUCCGUAUCGUUGGCUUGGCGGAACCUCCAGUGGUGGGCAGCAGUACACAGCAGUGGCUGAGCGCUGAGCUCCUGACCAUGUUCAUGUACCAUCACAUGAGACCACUGUCCAUGGCGGAGGAGAUGGCAGUGGUACAGGGCAUGGUCUCAAAUGCACCCAAGGCUGCAGUUGAACCACUUCUCUCACUGACUCAUGACCUCAGGGAUUCUGGCGACCACACAGUCUUGUCUCUGUCCUCGUCUCUCUCCACACGACAACUCCUGCGGAUGUCCAGACGGGCGGCACAGUUCCCACAGGAGAAUCUGAACGAAGCCGUCAACAAGGCCUGUCUCUCAAGAUUUCUGCCAAAGCUAGCCCGAUCAGCACUGGAUAAGACUUUAUCUGAUGCUGGAAUUGAAGCCAGUUCCUCCCAAGAAAAGGACAUUGAGAAGAUGCUGUCAUGUGAAGUAAAGGAUGGGCAGGUGAGGAUAGGUACCACCACAGCACAGGUGUACAACCCUGAGAACAGAAUGAAGGUUCCUGAUGUACUCUUCUAUGACAACGCACAGCACCUUUCCAUUAUGGAGGACAUGCUGAAAGACUUCAUGUUGGGGGAACAUCUUCUGCUAGUUGGAAAUCAGGGUGUGGGGAAGAACAAAAUUGUGGAUCGAUUCUUAUACUUACUAAACAGACCAAGAGAGUAUCUACAACUCCACAGAGACACCACAGUCCAGACACUUACCCUGCAACCAAAUGUACAAGACGGAGUCAUUGUCUAUGAAGAUUCACCACUGGUUCGUGCUGUGAAGCUUGGCCACAUCCUGGUGAUAGAUGAGGCAGACAAGGCCCCGACCAACGUGACAUGUAUACUCAAAGCACUGGUGGAGAGCGGCGAAAUGAUUCUUGCAGAUGGAAGAAAGAUUGUCUCAGGAAAGUCAGUCCAGGCCCACCCAGGGAAAGCCAACAUCAUCGCCAUGCACCCAGACUUCCGAAUGAUUGUUCUAGCCAACCGACCCGGGUUUCCCUUCUUGGGCAACGAUUUCUUUGGCGCCAUGGGUGAUAUCUUCAGCUGCCAUGCAGUGGACAACCCCAGCCCAGACUCAGAGAUGUCCAUGUUGCGACAGUAUGGUCCCGACGUACCAGAACACAUCCUGAAGCGCCUGGUCCAGGCAUUCGGCGAGCUACGUGACAUGGCAGACCAGGGCCUCAUAUCUUACCCAUACUCCACCAGGGAGGUCGUCAACAUCGUCAAACAUCUAGAGGAAUUCCCUAAUGAAGGCCUGGCCAGUGUGGUUGGAAACGUGUUUGAUUUUGACUCCUACAACAAAGAGAUGCAGGAAGUGCUUGUGUCCACACUACAGAAACAUGGCAUCCCCAUAGGAGCGCGCCCAGACAGCGUCAACCUUGCUAAAGAAUUUGCCCUGCCAGCCCCCAAACUCACCUCCCAAUGGAACAUCCAAACUGGUGGCAGCAGCAGGAGGAAGUUGUUAUGUCCUGUGGAGGAAGAGAGACAUCUGAAGAUCAGGGGCCCUGUGACGAUGCCUCUGUACCAGUUCCCAAUGGAGAGAAUGGAGGACAGAUCUACUGAGUUUAGUGAGCUGGUGGCUCAUUGGUACCUCCCUAUUCAUGAGACCAACAUCAUUGGGGAUGUAGCAGUCACCAAAGGAUCCAAGUCUGAUAUAGUUCACGUGACCACCCUGAACCCCAUCUCAGUCUACAGCAUGAACACCAAUGGGAAGACUAUACGGCAGAUUGACCUUUAUGACGUGUUCCCCGGCCUGAGGUCCUGGCAGCCCAGUGUGAAGGUGGCAGCCCUCGGAGGACCCUUAGAGGGGCAGGUGCUGCUUCAUGAGGAAAAGACCAACGUAGUGUUGCUGAUUGACACCAUGACAGGAAACCUGAGGAGACUGUUCCUCACUAAUGUGGUGGAGAAUGCCACAAGGAAAGUCUCCAGCUACUUCAGUGAACAGGAAAAGUACAAGAUGUGCUCUGAAUUUGCUGAUGAGAAUUGGGUGGUCUUCUUUCAAGAAAAUGGGAACAAGUUGGAUGUAGUGAAUGUACUGGAUGGUACAGCCUACUCUGUGUCCGUCCCACUGACCAUAGCAGAUGUCCAUCUGGUGUCGGCUGACCACUGGCUUCUCACCGACGCAGAUAAGAACAAGAAAUUCCUCCUUACAAGACCUGAAGAAGGUUCUCCAGUGAGCCAGUUACAUGCUAUCAAUGAAGAGGGGGAAGUUGUUGGACAAGAAGCCGUCCUUGUCCAGCCUGCUCAAGUGAAUGCCAUUGGAAGGGAAGGUCUCUCUGAUAGUCAGCUGAGUGCAGCACUCGAUCAGAAGAUCAGUUCUCCCAACAGGAUUGUUGGAGACGAGGCAAACUAUGCUUCCAUUGUCAUUGGAUUUCCAGAGUUACUGUCAGGGAAUGAAGUGUACACAUUCCCCAGAAAGGCAGAGGAGGAAAAUGAAGAUCCCACCAAACAAGACCCAUUUUUUAAGGGGAGACCCAAACCUCCCAACAGAGAGACAGAGAUCCUCCCCAACUCAGGACAAGUCGUCAGGAUUGUGCCUCACUGGAAGGCACCAAAAGAGCUCAAAGGAGAACUUGGCCACCUGACCCACAGUUUUGCGGGGUUGCUGGAAGUUGUAGACAUGGGUGCCAAGAAGGUUCGCUAUAUUCCAAUCCCAAGAGCCCAGUCAGUGUCUCCGUAUGUCUCGUGGCUGGCCAACAUGUCGGAUGUCAAUGUAGUCAUGGCAACAGCCAGCCAUGAGGGCCUGGUUACCGUGGACGCAGGAGGGUGUGUCAGGCUGUGGGAGACAGGAUUGGCCAAUCUGGAGAGGUCCCUUGGGGAAUGGAGGCACAUGAUUGGUCAACAGGAUGGCAGACCCCUUCAGGUGACCUAUGAACGUGAACUUGGGAAGAAAGCAGAAAGCCCCAAACAUGGAAAGGUGGAUCCUACAGGUAAUCCACAUGUAGGCGGAAACACCUGGGCAGGUGGAACAGGUGGGAGAGAUACAGCAGGGUUAGGAGGUAUCGGGGGUCCCUACAGACUGGAUGGAGGGCACCCUGUGUACCAAGUACCUGACUGGGAAAAGGAACAGGUUCCUGAGGAGGUUAAAAGGGCAGCCAAAGAAAUGGCCAAGAAAGCUUUUGAAGAAAGGUUGCGGGAGAUCAAGAUGAGUAAGUAUGAUGCAGAGUCGUAUGAGAAGAUUUCAGGAGGAGUGAAGAGACAGGUCCAGUCUCUACGUGUCAUCCUGGACAGUUUACAGGCUAAGAGUAAGGAGCGACAGUGGCUGAAGCACCAGACAUCAGGAGACUUGGAUGAGGCAAAACUGAUAGAAGGACUGACAGGAGAGAAGGCCAUCUACAAGAGGAGGGGGGAACAGGAGCCAGAGUUGGGUGCCCCGCAGGAGAAGCCCAAGAGGCUGCGGCUUGUGGUGGACGUUAGCGGCAGCAUGUACCGCUUCAACGGGAUGGACGGACGUCUGGAACGGAUGAUGGAGGCUGCCUGCAUGGUCAUGGAGGCCUUCGAGGGAUACGAGCAGAAAUUCAAGUUUGAGAUUUAUGGCCACUCUGGAGAUGGUUACAACAUCCCUGUCAUCACCGAGAAAAAGAUGCCGCAAAACAACAAGGACAGACUGGACGCACUCAAGACCAUGCAUGCUCACUCCCAGUUCUGUAUGAGUGGAGAUCACACUUUGGAAGCCACAGAACAUGCCAUCUCCAACAUUGUAAAGGAUGAGGCAGAUGAGUACUUUGUGAUUGUGCUGAGUGAUGCUAAUCUGGACAGAUACGGGAUCUCUCCCAGACUCUUCUCCAAGGCACUGACAGCAGACGAAAACGUCAAUGCCUUUGCCCUGUUCAUUGGUACACUGGGAGACCAGGCAGAAAGGUUGACUCGAAGUCUCCCGGCAGGUAAGGCCUUCGUCUGUCUGGACACCAAGAACAUCCCACAGGUCCUUCAGCAGAUCUUCACCUCCACCAUGCUGUCUACAAAAUAAACAAUCACAAUUUAGAACAAACAAUAUGCAAAUAAUCUGUUUCAUGCUUUCAAUUGCUCAGUGUGAUGCAUUGUGGGUAGUAUGUCAAUUGAGAAAGUUGAAGGCCCAAAAUAUACGUUAGGGAAAGAAGAAUUAGAAAUCAUAUUGAUAUUUAAGUAGAUUUAAAUGAGCUACAUAUGGUGUAUACAUAAGAUUGUGGUUUAUCUUACAUGUAUAUAAAUAUGAACUCUGUUGAGCAGAGCUUGAGUGUUUUAAUCAUGACAGGUAAAGUGGGUAUGAAGUUCCUUGGUAUAACAAUAUACUACCUUGCUUUUAAAUCUAAUAUACUGUAAUCUGUGUUAUGAUUUGUUAAUUUUUGUCAUGUAUGGACAUUUAUCUUUAAAACAAACCAUACUUAAGACUAAAUGUUUGACAACAAUGAGAUAGAAUGGUGAUGCAAGUUUAGAAUAUGCUGUUUGCCAUAUACAUGUAUAAUUCAUAGUCACAUCAAGUACAAGUACUGCUUUUUUGGGUUUUUUUUGCACCUUGUACGAUCUGUGACUCUAGGGCACAUCUAGGGUGAAACCAUGUUACUAGUUAACAAGUACAUUGUAAUGUGCUGAUUAUAGUUGUAUGAAUAAUUAUAUGUUAAAUUAUUUUCUUCUCUACAUGACAUUGUGAUGUUUCUUAUUUAUCAAUAGCAACUCUUUAGAACAACAAAAUCAGAUACUGCUGUAGUAACAAAGAAUCUACAGUAUAUAUACAUGUAACUGUAGAGUAAAUAUAACUGUACAAAGCCGUGUACAUCUUAUAGCCCACCUGUAUUGUGUUCUUAUGUAGGUUAAUGUCAAGUUAUCAAUGAAUGAAAAAAAUCUUGUUGGAUUGAAAAUAUUGGUUUAAUUGUAUCCAUUAUUGCUAACUGAAAAUUCAAUAAAUGAACCGUGUAUUUUACUCUUAAAGCCUUUAAUUAAAACAACUGCGCACUCGGGCAUAACAGAAACAGAGUAGGUGGCCUAAUUACAUGUAGAUCUUGCAGCAUUAGUAAUUGUACUAAUCACCAUGUUCUCACAUAUUUAGUGGGGGAAAUGACACGGAAUGAUUUGAUGAUACCGUCUGCUUGAAAUCACCGACCAAUUGCAACUGAAAGCCAGUCAGAAUUUUAACAUUUCCCACACCUGUUACUCCAUACCAAAAAUUGCUAA